UUGAAAUUAAUGUAUUCCUUUGAAGGUUUGGCUUGUAAUAUUGUUGAUUUUUUACCAUUUACCAUUGGGCAGGUGCUACUCUGACGUAGAACAACAUUCAGUUUCCUUUACCGUGUGCUUAUAUUUUUUUACGAAACUAAUAAUAUUAUAGAAAAAGUGGAAGUUUCUACCACAAUGAAGAGCAUCAAGAAUAGUAUAGCCUCUCAGAAAUUGUAAGAGGCAGCAUCUGGUGUUCUUUUUUGACACCAUGUUCCAGAUCAAAAAAGGAGAAAGUGACCGCCCUACUAUCUAAAAUCCUCCCGUGUCUACUACGGAUGCGGUCACUGCUGGUAUUGUCGAUAGAUUUAUCGCGUGAGCAGCACAAUCCCAUACAUACAACUAUUGCAAACGAUUGCUCACCGACCAGCUUGUAAAUAUAGCUUGCCUCUGCUAUGUCCGCACGAACCACAAGCAGCCCUCGAAAAUCGCGUCGGCAAGUUUUUGACAUCUCGGAAAGUAACCACCGUUUUGUAAUUUGUUCAAACCAGUCAACAACGCUAACCAGUUUUCAAAACAUCGGCUUCGCUGAACAAAGCAUUUACGUUCAUUUUCAAGAGCUCUAAAGUUUUUUUUUUUUUUUUCGGAGGAUCAGCAAAGCGGAGAUGACGAGCUUUGCUCAUUGCGCACCUGCAUGCAUAUAACGCUUUUUGUAUCUGAAAUCUAAAUGCAUUUUCGCAGGCGACAACUCCGGCGGCUAUUCCACCUCCAGUCGCCACGCUCCCGCCCGUUAAGUACAGGCCACCACAGGCGUACUCUAUGAUAUGCACCGUCGGCUGUCAUGGAAAGUACGCAGUGGAAUUCCCACCCGAUGGCCUGUGCGACUUCAUCUUCCUCGACUCCCUUUACGACGGAUGCCCAGACCAAUUCGUGCAACGUAGACCGCCCAGUAGGAGCUGGCGGAGGUUCCAAGCAUUAGCUGCGUCAGGCAUCGAGACACAGUUUGGAAUUUCCAUCGAUACGCUGGGAAUUCAAAGGUUCCUCGGACACCUCAGGGACAGCCAGAUAGCUGAAGUGUGGGCUUCGCAGAGCCUUUGGAACAACAACAUCUACCAUUGGGGCGUCAUGAAUAUCCACCAAGUUUAUCUGCAGUCACGUCCGGAGUUACUAAAGGAGGCAUUGGAAGCUCUGAAGGAAGCAGCGGAAUUCUCGCAGCCGUCACCGACAAAAAGAGUCGCCUCCUACACCUUUCUCGGUUUCUACACCCCUUUGCCCAGCGGCUGCGAUUUGAUGGGUCAGGAAGCAGCGUCUGUUUUUAUGCCAGACGCAAUUGUUGUACUUGGACACACCUCGUUUCAAGAAAACAAAAUUCCAUCUUUGCGCUGCGUCCUGCUUCCACCUAACAUUUACAAGAUUCCUCCAGGUGUGCGGGCAAACGUUACGCACGCACACACUUUCCACGAAGCAUGCCUGCUCGCGCAGUGUCUUCGGACGCAGCAGAAGAUUCAGGUUCCCAUUGGCGUGUCGUUCACCAUGAAGGGCCGCUGGUACCGUCCGAAAAUUGACGACUACGAAAACGCUGACAUCGGCGAGUACGACCUAUUCAAAGACUGCGUCGUCAGUGACGUCGAUCAAGAUGCAAUACCAGCCGCGAUCUGCAAUUUGACGAAUACAAACUACACGAAAAACUUGGGUUUAGAUAGCGACGAUAUCACGAUGAGGACAUACGACAAAGGUCCCAUAGAGAAACAUACUCAAAUGUUUGACAAUCGAGCGACGUACCUCAAGAAGUUCUGCUACGCAAAGGACAACCUGACGCAAGCCCUGUUUUCCAUUGCGGUUUAUGACGUGAAUUUUGAUAGCAGCGCCUCCAUCUGCCAGCCAGACAAGAUUGUCGGAAACUUCGCCCGAACUGAGCUGCUAUACAACCUCAAUACCUUACUGAAGACCGGGAAGGACCUAUCCAAUCUUACGGCUUGCAUGACAAUCGCUAGUUAGCAAACUUAUCAUACAUUUAUCCUAAUUUUCAUCUAUAUGAAUGCACUUCUUAAGGCCACAUUCGGGGUAACUCGAAUAAACACAUGCCUUUUGUUUUAGGUCAUCGCUGAGGGUGAAUCAUGUGAGGCGCGCUAUGAACGAAGCGGCCAUGUUUCUUGAACUAGGCACUGCUUACCUCUCGCCUGAGAGACAGUACAAUCACCAAUUUGAGCUUCUGGAAAAAUCGUUUGUAUUUUCACAUUUGUUUGUUGCACGCA